AUGCGCACGCUGUGCACGUCUGCGCGCCUCUUGGCAUCGGCCAAGAAAGGAGGGGCGGAGCAUACGUACCGCGACACGCUAUGCCUGCCGCAGACAGCAUUUAGCUUGCGCGCACGCGCGAGCGAACGCGAGCCCAAAUUUCGGCACGCGACGACCACCGGCCUGUACCGCUGGCAGCGCGAGCACCUCGGCGAGGGAGAGCGUGAGUUUGUCUUGCACGAUGGGCCGCCGUAUGCAAACGGCAGCCUGCACAUGGGCCACGCACUGAACAAGAUUCUCAAAGACUUUAUUAUCCGGUACCAAAUCCUCCAAGGGCGCCGCGUACAUUACAUGCCGGGCUGGGACUGCCACGGCCUCCCGAUAGAGCUCAAGGCAGUGGCCGAGGCCAAGCAGCACGGAAUUCAAGAAAUGACCUCGACGCAAAUCCGCGAGGCCGCACGCAAGGUCGCCUACCGAGAAAUGGCCGGCCAGCGCGACGCGUUCCAGGAGUUUGCCAUCAUGGCCGACUGGUCAGACGAUUGCACCUACCGCACCAUGGACUUUUCGUACGAAGUUACACAGCUCGAGCUGUUUGCACGCAUGGUCGGCCAGGGGCUGAUUGAGCAGCACUUUCGUCCGGUGUACUGGUCGCCCUCGUCACACACGGCGCUGGCCGAGGCGGAAAUUGAGUACGAUGAGCGCCACCGCUCGCGCAGCGCCUAUCUGGCAUUUGGGCUGCAGCCUACAGAUGCGCUGCGCGCCAAGCUGGGGACGGAUGCGCCAGUUUCCCUUGCGGUGUGGACCACGACGCCGUGGUCGCUCCUCGGAAAUAUGGCGCUGGCUGUGUCUCCAGAGGCGCGCUACUCGGUGGUGCGCACUCCCCAAAACCAGCACCUGAUUGUCGCCAGCGAGCUGCGCGAAACGCUGCACGACAUUCCGCUGGGCCUCGCCGUGAAAGGCGAGCGCGCACGCCUCGGCGACACGGAAGAAAUCACGUCCUUUGACGGCACAGACCUCGUCGGGUCCACGUACACGUUUGGCCUAAUGGCCCCGAACGAGACGCGCGAAAUUCUCGCCGCGCCGUUUGUGACAACGACGUCGGGUACGGGUAUCGUGCACAUGGCCCCUGCGCACGGCCAGGAAGACUAUGAUCUUUGGCGCGACUCGGGACGCCUAGCAAAGCAAGGCCUGGUGUCGCCUGUCGACGACCACGGCCGUUUUGUCCCGGAGCAAGGCCUCGGCACGACACCUGCGCUGCAGCAAGGCAUUGCUCUACUCGAGGGCCAGGAAGCGCUGUAUGGCGGCAACCAGGCCAUUCUUGCGCUCCUGCACGAGCACGGUAUGUUGCUUGGUGAGCAGCCGUACCGGCACAGCUACCCCAUCGACUGGCGCACCAAGCAGCCGCUCCUGGUCCGUGCGACGGCGCAGUGGUUUGCCGACCUGUCGCAUGUCGGUCCUGCUGCCCAGGCGGCGCUCGAGCCCGUGCAGUUUGUGCCGGCGACCGGCCGCAACCGCCUGCAGAGCCUUGUCGGCCGCCGCUCGGAGUGGUGCAUUUCGCGGCAGCGUGCGUGGGGCGUACCGCUUCCCGUGGUGUACAAUGCCGCGACGGGCGACGCGCUCCUUAGCGAGGAGAACGUGGAGCAUAUUCUUGCUGUCUUUCGUGAGCACGGCACGAUGGACGUGUGGUGGACGCUGCCGCCCGAGACGUUUGUCGCACCCGCCUACCAAACGCCCGGCACGCAGUGGAUGGUCAAGAAGGAUACGUUGGACGUGUGGUUCGACAGCGGAUCCUCGUGGGCCGUCCUGCAAAAUGCACUCGGCGCGACGCAGUGCUCGUCCGAACCGUGUGCCGACGUCUAUCUAGAAGGCACGGACCAGCACCGCGGCUGGUUCCAGUCCUCGCUCUUGACGCGCAAAUCCGCGUGCGGCGAUGGGGCCGCGGCACCGUACGCCCACCUGCUCACGCACGGCUUUGUCGUCGACGAUGCGGGCCGCAAAAUGUCCAAGUCGCUCGGCAACGUCGUGGUGCCGAGCACCUUUUUGCACGGCGACCAGUCGAAAGGCGUCGCUGCGCUUGGUACCGACGUGCUGCGCUGGUGGGCGGCCAAGACGGACUAUACGCGCGACAUUCCCAUCAGCCCCCUGAUCAUGAAGCACGCGAGCGACGAGGUGCGCAAGCUGCGCAACACGGCGCGUUUCCUGCUUGCGAACCUUGGCGGCGUUGCGCCUGGCGUUGCGCUUCCUGCGGAGCGUACGCUGCUAGACCGGUACGUGCUGCAUGAGCUGUACGUGCUGGACGAGGCAUGCCGUGCGGCGUAUGCCAAGUUUGACUUUGCCAAGGUCACGCGCCGCCUGAACGAGUUUGUCACUACCACGCUUUCGGCCCUGUACUUGGACGUGGCCAAAGAUCCGCUGUAUGCCGGCGGCGCGACGCGCCCUGCGAUCCUUGCAGUGAUGGACCGCAUUCUGUAUACCACGACCUGCAUCCUUGCCCCCCUUCUCCCCCACCUCGCUGAGGACAUUCACUGGUACCGUGCCGAGCACGCAGACGACCCCAAGGAAGGCGACGCGAUCCCCUCCUUCUUCCAGCAGGCCUGGGCUCCGGCCGACGCCGCAUGGCAUGAUGCGCCGCUCGCCGAGCGCAUGCAGACGGUGCUGCAGCUGCGCUCAGACGUCUAUGUGCUGCUGACCAAGUGCAAAGAGGAGCAGCUCUUAAAGUCUGCGCCGGAAUGUGCUGUGGACCUCGUCGUGUCCCCUGAGACGGCAGCGGUGCUCCACGAACACAACGGUACGUCGCUCGACUGA